AUGGACGCGGAAUCCCUCGCUGGGGAUGAGUGUCUGGAAGAAGACGAGGAGGAGCUGGAGACCAGCCUGGAGGACCCUGAGCAGGACAGCGUGGGGAAAUCCAUCCCGGGGGGGCGCGGCUGUUGCAUCCUGACCCGCCGGGGAAUCACGCUACGGGUUCUUCUGAAGGAUGGGCUGAUUGAGCCCGGAGAAGGAGUCCUCUCGAUUUACUAUUUGGGAAAGAAAUUUUGGGGCGACCUGCUGACCGACGGGAAGAUCGCUUGGCAACAGACCGGGCAGAUCUUCAACUCCCCCAGCGCCUGGGCUACGUAUUGUAAGAAGCUGGUCAACCCCGCCAAGAAGUCCGGCUGCGGCUGGGCCUCGGUCAAGUACAAGGGGCAGAAGCUGGACCAAUAUAAGGCGGUCUGGCUGAAGAAGCAUCAACCCAACGCUCCCCCUGCGGAGGAGAGUUUGAUGAGUGAAGGGGAGGAAGAUGAACUGGGCGAGGAGGAGGAAGAUGACGCCAAAGGGAUGAAAGCAUCAGCCUUGUCUGACUCCGUGCUGACCAAGAAGCUGGACGAGAAAAGCAGGAAGCCGCCGGCUAAAAGUCUCGCAGAUUUGCACAGCGCGGAUAACAGCAAGAGGCCGGAUUGCCGCAACCGGGUCCCUGUCCGCUAUUGCAAUCUGGGGAGCCGGGAUUCCGUCAGGAACCCACAUACCUUGGUGGAGGUGACGUCUUUCGCAGCCCUCAACAAGUUUCAGCCUUUUAAUGUGGCCAUCUCCAGCAACGUUCUCCUGCUCGUGGAUUUCCACAGUCACUUAACCAAAAGUGAAGUGAUUGGUUAUUUGGGAGGCCAGUGGAACAUCAACAGCCAACUGCUGACAGUGCUGCGGGCGUUCCCUUGCCGGUCCCGACUUGGAGAUGGAGAGUUGGCGGCUAUUGUGGAGGAAGAGAUCUGCCAAAACCUCUUCCUGCGGGGGCUGUCCCUGGUGGGUUGGUAUCACAGCCACCCGUUUAGCCACCCUCUCCCCUCCCUGCAAGACAUCGACAUGCAAAUGGAUUACCAGCUGAAGCUGCAAGGAACCAGCAACAACUUCCAGCCUUGCUUGGCGCUCAUUUGUGGUCCUUACUACCAUGGCAACCAAGGUGUAGAGUCCAAGAUCUCCCCCUUCUGGGUGAUGCCCCCUCCGGAGCAAAGACCUUAUGAUUAUGGCAUCCCCAUGGAGGUCGAAGUCACCUACAUCCAGGAUGGAUUUUUAACGAACGAUGUUCUCCACGAAAUGAUGCUGCUGGUGGAGUUUUACAAAGGGGCACCUGACAUGGUGAAGUUCCAGGACCCAUGGAGUCAGGAGCAGACCUACCUAGAUAAACUCAAGGGCUCCUUAGCCUCCAGGACACCCAAGGACCAAGGCUUCGGACACGUACUGGAACAAGUGUACGCUGCCCUCCGACACAGCAGCUGACGAAGCAGCUCUUCUAAGGGGACCGGGACUCGUGUUGAGGACAGAAACAACUGGAAUUGACCCAGGAUGUGAAUCCAGAGCUGCAAGCCCUCACGUGCGUUAGGGAGGGAACGGAUGGGGCCAGAGUGGAUCCUUUUAGCAUUUUUGGAAUCAUUUGCAUGACCUUUGGAGGAGUUCGUGGCCUAGCCACGGAAAAGCUUUGGGGAGUUUUGCAGGAAAAGUGAAAGUACCCCAUGAUGUGUUAGCGAGUAGAUCAGUGCUCCCAUUUUACAGAUAGGCAGGUGAGAGCUUAAGUAGCUUAGUUUGAGGGCAUCCAGAGAACCAUGGCAUGAUUAAGACUCACGCUUUCCAUAACUUAAGCAGAGACGUGGCACGCCUGCCAGCUUCAUCUGGAACUAUCACGUUAUCAGGCAGGCCAGGAAAAUGUAUCUGUGACCCAUUUUGAGCAAAAACUGAAAAGAGGGCUGGCUGGGGAAGGAGGGGAGAAGUUUGUAAAGAUCUGAUUAAAAUGGGUCAGGGAAGAAAAUAAAAACUAUGUUUUAAAUCCCACCCUUGGGGGGGGGAAUCGGUGCCCAACUUUACCAUCCUGCUUGACCGAAAGAGAAAAUUCAUAUGGGGAGAAGCAAAGGAUGCUGGGCUGGGGAAGGCCAACCUGUUUUUCCCUGAGACCCCUUUUUCCAAAGAGAGGGGCUGGGAGGGAAGCCCUUCUUAGACCCAGAGGGGCUGAAGGAUGAGGUGGAGAAUCUCGGCAGUGGCCAAGACUGCAAAAUUAUGAAUUGUCAACCUGUGGAGGUGGUCUCAGCCCUAAAAGGGUCUUUGCCCACUGGGGAGUUAUAAACAACUAUAAUUCCUAGAAGUACAAAACGUCAGUUGAUAAGCUAUUGGUG